CAAGACGUGUCGGUUCUGUGUGUCAACACAUACCUAACCUACAAACGACUAAUUUUUCAAUGUAACUUUUGUUUACGCGGCAGUCCUAAAUGUACGGUGCGGCGAUACGAUAGCGUUAAAAAUGCAGCCCAACCUAGCACAAGUAAAAAAGAAACUAGAAGAAUGCGAACAGUCACAUUUGUUAAAAUUUUGGGAGGACUUGGACAGCAAAGAUCAGGACGAGUUUCUUAAAGAACUAAACGAAAUUCCACUUAAAAAUAUCAACAGUAUUUACAAGAAGGCCGUAAAAACCUUAAAUAAUGACGUCAAGCAGUUGAAUAAGUGCAUAGCUCCGAUACCGAGGGACCAAAUACAGGUGGCCAAAGAUGUAACUGAGAAGUUACUAGAAAAAUACUUAGAGCCUGCCUAUGAGGCGAUUUCGAAAAAUAAAGUGGCCGUUAUCCUUCUAGCGGGCGGACAAGGCACCCGUUUGGGAGUGCGCUACCCCAAAGGGAUGUUUUCUGUAGGUUUGCCCUCCGAGAAAACUCUAUUUCAACUUCAGGCGGAAAGAAUCAGGAGAGUACUAGAGCUGGCUAAUUCUAAAAAAGGAAGAAUAGGCAACAUCUGCUGGUACAUCAUGACCAGCGAGUCCACCGACCUACAAACCCAACAAUACCUGGAAGAACACAACUUUUUUGAGUUAAAACGCGAAAACAUUGUGAUUUUUCAACAAGGCGUACUCCCGUGCUUCGACAAUUUCGGUAAAAUCAUCCUCAGUAGUAAAAGAAGCAUCGCGAUGGCUCCGGAUGGAAAUGGAGGAAUAUACCGAGCGCUACAGAAAAACGGAAUACUUGAUGAUAUGGACCGACGUGGAAUCGAGUACGUUCACGUGUAUGGUGUUGAUAAUAUUUUGGUUAAAGUUGCUGAUCCAGCAUUUUUGGGCUACUGUAUAUCUAAAAAAGCUGACUGUGGAGCUAAAGUUAUCAAGAAGGCCGACCCGGCCGAACCAGUUGGGGUAAUAUGCAAGGUGGAUGGCAAAAUAAAAGUCGUGGAGUACAGUGAAAUUGAUUCCAAAUUGGCGAGUUUACGAGACGAAAACGGCGACUUGUUGUACAGCGCUGGAAGCAUCUGCAAUCAUUUUUUUACUACUCAGUUUCUUAAGAAAAUCGCCAAGAAUCACGAAGAGGAGAUACCACUUCAUGUAGCCAAAAAAAAGAUUGUCCAGUAUAAUGGAACCUUCAUACAUCCACAAUCACCAAAUGGAAUCAAAAUAGAAAAAUUUAUUUUUGACGUCUUUCAGUUUUCUGAAAAUUUUGCCACCUGGGAAGUGGAAGUCAAUCGUGAGUUCAGCCCAUUGAAAAAUGCUGAGGGUAAAGAUAGCCCAGCGACAGCUCGUAGGGAUCUUCUAAACCUGCAUAAAAUGUUUAUUGAAAAAGCAGGUGCAAAAUGCGAGAGCGAUGUCGAAAUUUCACCGCUCUUAUCUUAUAGCGGUGAAAACCUGGAUAAAUUUAGGGGCAAAAUAUUUAAAAGUCGGACCGUUAUAGGUCCAUCCGGCGACAUUAUUAAUGGUGAUUUUGGUAUUUAAUAUUUAUUAUUAUUGUAUUUAAUUGUGAUAAUUUAAUUAGCUUUAUAUUUUAACUUAUAAUAAUGUAUAAUACAUAAUCAUAUAAAACCCGUGUACAUAUUUUUUGUCCAUAAGCUAUGAUACUUACACGAAAAUUCCUAAUAUAAUUU